UACGUUCCUGCCAUGCCUCUUGUAACACUAAUCUACCAGGUGAUCAGAACUAAUGGUCGGUCAGCUGACGGUAAGCGUUAUGUGUAUGAUGACAACAUAAUCGACAGACUGAGCCAUUAUCACACAAACAUGCUUCUGAUGAUGUUCACGGCUUUAGUGGUCACUAAGCAUUACGUCGGCUCGCCAAUCCAGUGUUUUUGUCCUGCGCAUUUCACCGCUGUCGAGGUAAAAUACACGAACAGAGUGUGCUGGGUAUCGAACACGUACUAUAUCCCAUUUACACGGGAAAUCCCUUCAAACUAUGAAGUUCGAAUGUCAACAGAAAUCACAUACUAUCAGUGGGUGCCGAUCAUAUUGCUGUUAAUGGCAUUGUUUCUAAAACUGCCACGACUUGUCUGGCGACUAGGUCUGCAGAUGUCGGGAAUUGCUGUUAAAAACAGUCUCAAACUAACCCACUUGACUCAAGACCUCAGUCCGGAGGAUCGCGAAAAACGACUUAAGGAUCUGUCGAAAUAUAUCGGUCGCUGGGCAAGCAGUGGUGGAUCGCCAUAUAGAUCCGGAAUAUGUGGUCCUUUCCGAGAACGGCUUGGAAAUUACUGUUUCCUUGGCUGUGGCCGCCAUUACGGAAACUACUUAGUAAGUCUUGCGAUAUUGAUUCGAACAUUGUACUUCAUCAAUAACGUCGGAAUGUUGUUUUUCUUAAACGAAUUUCUCGGAAACAAGUUUUAUUUGUUUGGGUACGAGGUUAUUGCUUCUGUCCUGAAAGGUGAGGAAUGGGUCAUGUCUCCGAGAUUUCCUCUGGUGACUUUGUGUGACCUUGACCUUCGACAGAUGACAAAUGUUCAAAGAUGGACUUUGCAGUGUGUCCUUCCCACAAAUUUUUACAACGAACGUUUCUUCGUGUUUCUGUGGUUCUGGUUUACAAUGCUUGCUGUGUUAAGUUUCGUUAACCUUCUAGCUCUUUUGUUUUCCACGGUGGUUCCACAAAAUAAAGAAAAGUUCAUCAAGAAAUAUCUGUUGUUGAACAACUUAGAUCAGUGGGAAAAUAAGAGCGCAUUUCCAAAAUUGAUUACAAAGUUCGUUGGCGGGUUUCUGAAACCUGAUGGAGUUUAUUUAUUGAAAUUAAUAAGCAGUAACUCCCAGUCCACUGGAGUUUCCGAUAUUAUAAAGUAUCUUUGGGAAGACUUCCGGGAACAGUCUAAUAUGACUAGCAAAAAUAGAGUGGAUUUGAUCCGGAAAUAUGGACGCCCUAAUGCGGAAUCUUUGGUGCGGCUCGUGAAUGGAACCGGAACCAUACACAAUCGAUAUAAAGAGUAUUUCUUGUGAGCAUUUUUUUCCCUGUUAAGACAAAACUGUUUGUGCGCGCAUGCGUGGUUGAAGUACAAACAUAUCAUAUUCUAUAGUCGUGUGAAAUAUAUUAUUAUACUUGC